GAAAAUCUACGAGUGAACCCGUAACGUGGGUAAAUCACCUUGAAAUGGUGCGUUGCGGCGUAAGAUCUACCACAUUAAAUUUUGAUCUUGCUAUAUUCCUAACUAAUGUAUCCAGGCUCCUGUAGGAACAUUCCAGGAUCAACAAUUGAUGUAGUUUUUUUUUCGGUGUGUCUGUUGGUGUGUUUAGUGUUUGCUGAUGAUGAACAUAUUGUUUCGGGAGGAUUCAGGUAAAUUUAUCAUAUGAUGCAGGAAUUAUGGUAAACUGUACAACCGUCGCAAGCGUAUCACGAAUAGCUUAUUCAAUAAAAUAUAAUACAGUUUUCCAUUCCAAAUUUUCGGCCACUCACUUCUGCAGCGUCAAGAUGGAAAAACAAACCAGAUGAAUAAUGCAGGCAGCUGUCUCAACACAACCAAAUAAUAUUUUGUGCGUCUGAACGUUUACAAAUGUAUCCUUUGGAGUCUACCCUUCCACUAACAACACCCACAUUCCCGUGACACCUAGGCCUGAGAGAUCGUAGAGCUGUCUGCAUCUUUCAUAGGUGUCCAAAACUAACCAUCCUUUUCCAUCUCUCAGCAGUCGCAAGGACGUGGCCAGGACAGUUCUCGACCAUUGGAGGAUUGCGUCAGUCUUGUCUAAGAGUCAGAGAUUAGUCCCAAAUCUUUGUGCUUUGGUUCGGACGGGAAGGAGACAACCCUCAUAACAGCGGCCUAGGACUGUAUCACCUACGAAAUUGUGCGACUCGCUCUAUGCUAAUACUAAUGCUUAUGGACGAAAGUCUACGAGUGGGGAGGGGGGGGGGGGUCCAAGAUUGCCAAAAUUUGGGCUACAUGGUUUAUCAACAGCCCCUAACUUUACGCUCUUAUUUGAGAUUAAAUGAUUGGAAAGGUAACGAAAACAACUCUUCACAACUUACGUCACGGUUUGAGGAGGAGGGGGAUUCAUCCAAAUGUGACGACUCAUACACAAAUUCCUGAGGGUACGAGACCUAAUAGCGUGACAUAAUGCAAAUGAAACAAUUUGCGGGUCGUAUUUUAUAGACAUCACAUCACUUCUUCUUUUUAUUUCAGGUUAAUCAUUCCUACCGGAACUUCACCGACCAAGUGUUCGUAGAGCACUUCCGCAGUUAAUAAUUGAAAGGGUUUCUUUUCCUGUCAAUAAUGCAUGAAGUUGUAUAUUGUGUGGCAAUGACAAUUCACAAUGCUAAAUUACGACCAGAGAGUCGAAAACAUUAUCCUGACCGUAAACGGAAUCGAAUCCGUCCUCACCAGAUAGACAAUCGAAAGUCUAUCCACUAAGCACACUGAAGACCGAAGUUUUUGCCAUCCUACAAAAGUUUGAUAACCGCUGUUGAUAGGCACUAUCGCAAGAAUUCACAUGAACGUUGUACGGCCGUGUUGAGCUGAGCCAAAUAGGUAUAAUCGUUUCGAAAAUCACUUUACGGUUGACCAUGGGAGCAUCAACAGUUGUGGGAUUAACGCUGGCGCUAAGUUUGUUCAUCGUACGGUCGGCAGAAGGAAGUAAGGUUUUCCAUUAUUUCUCCGCGUCUUGGUUGAUAGUUACAAGGUGUGAAACAUUCUCGUUACAGCGGGGACCUGCGGAGAAAGAAAGUUGGAAGCUGCUGCACUGAUUACUCAUGGAUACACCGCACGGAUUGGUGCAUGGCCAUGGCACGGUGCAAUGUACCAUAAAUACAGGCUAGGCAGGACCGCCUAUGCUUGUGGAGUGACGAUUUUGACGGAGCGAUUUGUACUAACGGCAGCUCAUUGUACGUAUGAAAGAUGGAAAAAGCUUCCGGCGGAUCGGGUAUUUGUCAAGGUAGGACUCAGCAAUCUGGACUCACCGGAGGACCAUAUGCGACAGUUUGAAGUCGACAAGAUUACAAGACACAAGCAAUACAAUAUGGACACAUUUGAAAAUGACAUCGCGUUGCUAAAGCUGUCUUGGGAAAUCACCUAUACUAACUACAUACAGCCCGCAUGUUUAUGGCAGGGUGAUAGUGAGUUGAGCAAAAUAAUCUCAAAAAUUGGAUUCGUAGUUGGAUGGGGCCUUGUUGAUGGCUACAGUUUGCCUAAAGAAUUGUCCGAAACAACAAUGCCGAUAGUGUCAAGGAAAAAAUGCAUGGAGAGUGAUAAACGGCAUUACAACAAGUAUUACUUCAAGUCAAAAACAUUUUGUGCAGGAUGCUACAACGGCUCUCAUACCAGUCAUGGAGACAGUGGAGGCGGAUUAUAUAUGCGGAUGGGUUCGAGCUGGGUUCUACGUGGAAUUGUUAGUAACGCUAAAAUAAAUGCAAGCACAUUAAAAAUACAGUCAGACAGUUACACUAUAUUCACAGACGUUGCUUACUAUUUAAAUUGGAUCAAAAAAAAAGUGCCUGCCAUACCUUAUUUGGCUGUAGAUACAAAGCUAAUCACUGAAACUGAUUUUGACUAUAUGAAUUGCAGUAAGGUAACGUAUCCGUCAGGAACACAGCAAGAAAGAGAAGAACUUGUGAACCUGGCGUACAUCUUGAAUGGCUCCCAGUCAGCGGAAACUGCGGAAAGCUGCGGAGAAAAGAAGACGGUUGUGCAACAGCUGAUUGCCAAUGGAUACAAAACGUUCACCGGCUCGUGGCCUUGGCAUGGCGCCAUGUUUCGUCGAUACAAAGAUGGUGCGAUUCUCUAUACUUGUGGAGUGACGAUUAUGACUGAACAGUUUGUGAUAACGGCAGCUCAUUGUACGUUUGAUGGAGAAAACAAACUCCUGGCGGACCACGUGCUUAUUAAAGUGGGCAUAAACAAUCUAGACUCACCGGAGAGACAUGUACAACAGCACGAUGUUGACGUCAUUAUACGUCACGAAGAUUUUAAUAAUAUCACUUCCGAAAAUGACAUCGCGAUACUGAAGCUGUACAGUGAAAUCACCUACAAUAGUUACAUACAAUCCAUCUGUCUAUGGCAAGGUGAUACUCAGUCAAGCAAAUUAAUCUCACAAGUAGGAUACAUAGUAGGAUGGGGACUAAACGAGGACUACAGAAUGCCACAAGAUUUGAACGAGGCAACGGUUCAAAUUGUAUCCCGCAGGGAGUGCAUUGAGAGUGAUAGGAGUCAUUUCAGCAAGUUUUCCUUCGAGUCCAAAACGUUCUGUGCUGGUCAUCGCAAUGGAACUCAGAUCACCCAAGGAGACAGUGGAGGUGGACUAUUCAUACGUGUGGGUUUGAACUGGGUUUUACGUGGAAUUGUCAGUAACGCUCUACUGGAUGAUGAUCUUUUACACGUGUCAGAAGAUAGCUACGUUGUUUUUACUGAUGUUGCAUUCUACAUGAGCUGGAUCAUAUCAAAAGUAACAAUCAUGACCAGAUCCACCAUUGACAUAGGACCAAUCGCAGAACAUCCAGGAUCAACUUCACUAGCUAAUUCUGGCAGUCAAGCCAACCUGCUAGAAAUAGCAAACUGUGGCAAGGAUAAGUAUCCGUCAGAAACACCGGAAGAAGUGAAAGGAUAUCUAAAUCAGUACCCAUGGUUGGCCGUAGUCGAAUACAUCAACAUGAACACCCGUGUCCUAGAGGUUGUUUGCCACGGAGUUCUGAUUCAUCCCAGUUUCCUCAUUACUGCCGCCCAUUGUGUUCAGAAAAAGCGACUUUCCGUCAUCCGAUCGGUAAGACUCAACGAUUACGAUUUGAAUUCCGUGACGGACAUUUUCCAAAUCGAUGGCGAAACCAAUACGCUACUAACAGCGACGAGAAUCGCUGUUAGUAGCGUAUUUAUACAUCCAGACUACGAUACUCUCAAGUUUGAGAGCCCCAGUAUUGCGGUAAUCAAGCUACAUAAACCAACAACUACAACGCCAAUUUGCCUUGCCCCGAGAGAUGCAACCGACCUUCCCAAAGACAAAAAGUUCACCAUCAUCGGUUGGAAACGUUAUAACCGCUCGAAGAAACCGAUGAUCCGAAAUGAGGUCCAGUUGGUCAGCUUUGCAGAAUGUCGGAGGAAAUAUGCCGCAGAAAAGAUAGUGUUGGACUCAACCGGAGGACAAGUUUGCGGCACCUUUUCGCGCGAUGACGAUAGCUCAAGUUGUUCGCGCUACCUGGCAUCGGCACCGUUCCAGUACGUGAUGAACGGACCGUUCGAGGGACGGUACUUCCUGGCGGCGAUAUCAUCGUUCGGUCACAAAAAUUGCAGUUUCGCUGAACUCCCGGAUGUAUUCACCAAUGUGGCGCACUAUUCGGACUGGAUAUACGAGAAGGUUAGGCAGAAUGAGUGAUAGCAUGGGCUGUGGAUUGGGGCUGUUCAUAAACCACGGUUCACGUAGGUGCGCAUCACAAUCCCAUUCGGCUAAAUAAAGAAUGACAACCGUACUUAUUUACAUAAUUUAUUAAGCUUUACUCCUGUCCAUUUUUCUAGCCUACUUCACAGCGUCUUAUACCAUCCUCUAGUGAACACAAUAUUUGCAAGAUUGCACUCUAGCUGCAACCCUUACUCAUGGUACAAAUUCAUCAUGUAGGGCAGUGUUUCCCAAACUUUUAGGAGGUAUCGCCCCCUUGGAGCUUGAGAAUAAUAUUUUCGCCCCCCUCAGUGAGAUUGAAUUUUUCCAUGAUAAAAGGCUAAAAAUUUGCUAACCGGGAGCCGUUAAUAGCCCACUAUUUGACACUUUUAUGGUAACACUGGUAUUUAAUGUACCUAAAUUAGUAUCGCUCUCAUUUUCAUUGAGUUGUAAUGCAAAUGCGUUGAUUGUCUGCAUUUGAAAAAAAAAAACUGCAUUUUUGCAUGUAAAAACAGUGCAUCUUGAGAUCAUAGUAUUGAACAAAAUCGAGCAAAAUAGAACGGACUGUGAACAUUUACGAACACUCGUUAAACUCAACCGGAUGUUUCACCAAUAUUCUAAAAGGGGGUUCUUCAACACCCGAAAUAUUUAGUCAUAAGAACUCAAAUAGGACUGGUGAGAAAUUGAAAAACAAUUACAAAAAUAUCGUUGAAGCAAAAAUUACAACUCGAAUAAAUGUAUGGAAUUUCAAAAUCGACCCAUUUUUUCUCGAUUUAUUGUAAUUUUUCUAAUCAACGUAAAAAUAAUCUUAAAAAAAUCCCAGAAAGCUUGAAAUUUGAAGAAUUUUCUAAUAAGCUUAGUUCAAAAUCGACGAAAUGGCCACUUAUACCCCUUUGCAUCUGGGCCCCUUAUUUGUAUAUUUUCAAAUGUAGUCAGCUUUGCUCAGUAAUUGAAAAUUAUGAAAAGCCUGGGAUGUGUGUCAAUUCAGCUUCCCAUGAAUUGUAGAAAUUUGUGUUGUCAAAUAAGUAGAUAUGCAGACAUGCAGCUAUCACUCGCUUUUGAGAGAAUUCAACGCUUUAUUUGUGGAAGAUUUUCAAAAAGCUACUUUCACUAGCAAAGUUUGAAAUUUCUCCUGGAAGCUUCUCUGAUAUAUUUUCAAACAAUAUGUGACGACCUUCA